CACUGUGACUAUUUACAGGAAUGGCAUGCUGUAAACGACCAACUGACAAAGAGGAGAAGGAGCAUCUGAACUGCACUCUGUAACCCAAACAUGGCCAGCAAAUACUACUACGAACAAAAUGGUCUGAGGAUAGUGAUGGUUGGGAAGACUGGUAAUGGGAAGAGUGCCACUGGAAACACCAUUCUGGGACGACAAUGCUUUGAAUCAAAGUUCAGUGCAAAAUCUAUGACUGUAGACUGUGCUUCAGCCAAAGCUGUGGUGGAUGGGCAAAAGGUUGCUGUUAUCGACACCCCAGGCCUGUUUGACACCAGAUUUGGCAUGGACAAAACGGGUCAAGAUAUACGCCAGUGCAUCUCUUAUGCUCUUCCCGGACCCCAUAUAUUCCUGGUUGUCAUCAGGCUGGGCAGAUACACUGAAGAGGAAAAGCAGACGGUGCAAAAGAUUCAAGAAAUCUUUGGCCAGGCAGCAGAUAGAUAUAGCAUGGUUCUCUUCACUGGUGGUGACCUUCUUGAAGACACUAUUGAGGCAUUCCUGGAAGGUUGUUCAGAUCUGCAGGAACUUGUGGGCAGAUGUAACGGCCAGUACCAUGUCUUCAAUAACAAGACAAAGGAUCGCACUCAGGUCACUGAGCUGCUCCAGAAGAUCAGAUGUAUAGUCCAGAAGAAUGGAGGAAGCCACUACACCAAUGAGAUGUUCCAAGAGGCAGAGAGGGCAAUCGAAGAGGAGAAACAACGCAUCCUGAAAGAGAAAGAGGAACAGAUACAAAAAGAGAAAGAGGAACUGGAGAGGAAACUUCAGAAAGAACAUGAAGAAAAGAUGAGGAAAUUUCAUGAGUUAUUCCAGGCUGAGAGAGAAAGGGAGAUAAGACAGAGAGAGUUGGAAAGAAGGAGAGAAAUGGAGAGAAGGGAGAGGGUGAGAAGAAGGGAGAUGGAGGAAAGAGAGGCAGAAAGGAGGAGAGAAGAACAGGAAAGACAGAGGGAGAUUGAAAAUAUGAAGAGACGUUUAGCGGAACAACGCGAAAGGGAAUUGGAAGAGGAAAGACAAAGGUUGAGAAGGCAAGCACAGCAGCAAGCUGAGUCAAAUGAUGAUUGUAUAAUCCUCUGAUUUUAUUUUCCUGUCUUAAUGUGUGAGAUACUCAACUGAGGUAAACUAUUUCACUAUUUAUCACUGCUACUAAUUAAGAGGAAAAAACAAUCAAACAUCCCUUUUCAUUGUAACACUAGAUGGUAACUGAUCAGCCAUAAACCUACUUUUAAAACUCUACAUUUCCUAUUCAGAAUUGAGAACAAUCACUAGCAAAAAUGCCCACAAAACAUGGACGCUGUUUUGUUGUCACUGAUGAGCUGACAAAUGACAAUGAGUAUACAAACUUCAAGUAGUAAAAUACAUGUCAUUAAAGCUUCAAAUUUUAAUUCUAUGGACUAUAUAAUAUUGGGGAAAAAAAUACAGUAUCUUAACCAAAUUGCGUUCCCUGAAAAUAGUUGAAUCGUUUUCUACCAGGAGCUAAAUAACUUGAAUCUUGAAUGGCUAUUUUAACAAUUUGGAUAUCAGCCUCAUCACACUCAGUGAGGUCAUGAAAUUAAAUUUAUCUAGAAAGUGAAUGCGAAAAAUCACUCCUCGUCCUAUUGAAAAUAGGGCUGUCAAUGACAUGGACAACCAUAUUAUGAAAUACUACAACAGUUCAAGUUCUUUCUCUUUGUCAGGAUCAGCUUGUUUAACAUGGAUACUAUGCAUCAAAUCAAUAUGACAUGGAGUUCCCCAGGGCUCAAUUCUCAGACUAUUUCUUUUAGCCAUUUCAACUAAUACAGGUAACCCGAAGUUCUUUGCCAGGAAACCCGUGUAUAAAAACCAACAAAAUAAAAAUCAAGAUUAAACACAUAAACAACUUAAGUGUAUGCGUACAUCAAAGAGUUAGGUACCAUGAAACAUUUCCUUCAAAAACCCACACAAUUAUUUCCAAUGGGCAACUCUCAGGCAAGUUCAGUUUUAAGGACGACAAAAAACCCUGCAUCAACGUGAUGAGGGAUAAGAACUACCUGUAAGACAGAAUCCAUCUUUAGCAAAAAAUUAUGUUAUACAUACCUUGAGUUUUGAGUUCCCCCAGCAGUGUGAGUUACUUCAGUACAAAUUCUACUUUCUGCAUUCUUUGUAAAAUAACAACACAAGCAAUUCUUGGCACAAUCUGGAACACCACAGUACGUCUAGAGUGCACUAGAACCGAAAUAAAACUAGCACCAACCAGAACCACUGAAGACAGGACCUGUAAUAAUUAUCAACCACAUACUGUACAAGGUUUGUUGUACCUGGCUCAUGGAUGUUUUGAACUUGGCUCACCAUGCUUUGGCACUUGGCCGCUCUCACAUCUGGAUCUCUGUGAGAGAAGAGACUGCAGACCACUACAUGUGGCUGGUCUCCAGAGCUUUAGGUCUUGCUUCUUCCUGUUCUUCGCAGCAGUAUCCAAAGUUUUCUUUAGAUCUCUUUAAGAACGGGGAGAGAAGUCAACCUAAACAAAACUACCAAUAGCCAUGCCAUAAAAUCUACCUGUAUGAAGUUUACAAUGAUGAAUUUUUGGUGACAUUCAGUUGAUUAAAGGCAUACUUGACAGGGCUCAGGUGAGUCAAAUUAAAAUGCUCACCAUGGGAAAUUACAAAAAGUUGCAAGGAAGGAGUUUAGCAGAUGCAAAUAUUGUUAACAGAAUAAGAAUUCUUAUUUCAUUCUCUCUUCCUCCUUUGAUCCAAUGGCUGCUUGACGAUGAUUGACAAGUCUAAUUAUUUUGUAGAAACGUCAUGCAUUCGAAUGAAACCUUACAAACUGCUCUGAUUAUUAAACAUGUCAAUAAACCAGCUAUGCUAACAUUAAUCCUCAGCCAAAACAACAAAAGCAUUCAUUUCAUAGCUGUCACAAGCUAAGAAAAACUUGAUCACUGCAAAGUAACGCAUUGUAAUUACUGACAAAGCAAUCCCUGGCAGGAAAACUGUCCUGCCCUGCUGGCUGCACAUCAACAACUGUAGAUUCCAUCACAUAACGCAAACUAAUAGGCUAGGAGUUGAUUUAGUUCGGCACCAACGCAGCUGAAUUUAUUUGACCAAUUUAAAAUUGGUCUAUUAUUAACCUCAGCUACAUAAACAUCCAGUCUGUUAUAAACACAUAAUACUUGAACAUGCAAAAUUUAUAUGACAUUUUUUACUCUACCAACUCCUGAAAGUGCUUUAAAACACUUGACACAUUGACCCAUUCACACACACAUUCAUACAAUAAUGACAUAUGCAGUGUGCUGACCUGCUCAUCAGAGGUGAAACAGAGCUUCUUAUAAAACACAGCCCACAAUAUUUCCAUGCUCAUUCACACAUGCACUCACACAACAUCUAGCAGAAUCUACCCUGUACCAUCUAUCAUCAGUAGCAAUUUGGAUCAGAGCUGGAAAGUGACUCAUAGACCUUCUGACUGGUCAAGGCACCUACAUGGACACUGCAUCAUGACAACAUUUAACCCUGUGGAUGGCUGCUGGAGCCUCCACUCUCAGGGAAGGCUCCAAGCCUCCACCUGAAAAGGUUGGGGAAAAAUGUCAAAGUUGAAAUUGAGGAGGAAUACAGGACAAUUUCAACUCAUAUAGUUAAUGUUCAUGGCAGUCUGAAGAGGUCAAAAUGUGAACAGAUUAUUCAAAUUAAUCAGCUACUAAUAUCACAUAUGGAUUUCCUUCCCAGAAGUAGUGUUCAUGUUCUUGCAGUGUGAUAUUUUUCAGUACUGUUGUGUAAUGUUGAAUAAAUGCUUUAAUUUCAAUAUGGAUCUGAUUUGUGUAUGUGUGUGUGU